UCCAGAGUCUUCUAUAUCCAGAUCCGGCUAUCGUCAGCGAAAAGUCCACCGCUAGUUCAGGAUGAUCCUUUCUAAGACGCUUCUAGCCGUUCUAUUGACGGUCACCAGCCAUCUAGCUGGUGCCGUACCCACUGUUCAAUCUCGUCAGAAUGCCAGAAGUUACAACUUGCCUCUGACGUGGAAUUCGUACGGUUUCUUAUCCCAAAUCUCUGUGGGAACACCUCCCCAGAAGCUCCCUGUCUUUGUCGACUGGACAUGGGUUGGGCAAUACCUCCUCACGACUUUGUGCCAUGGCAAUUCAAGUAACACGUACGACUGUCUCGCUACGCAGCAACCCUUGUUCAACCAGUCAUUGUCUUCGUCAUUCCGCAACCUCACCUCUCGGUACGGGGACCUGUCCUGGGACCCGAACCACUUCUUCUUCUGGAAGCCCUUGACUGUCGAUAUCAGUUCCGACAUUGUCACCGUUGGUCCUAGCAGCACACGCAUGAUCAUUCAAGCUGCAGACUUCCAGUUCAAUGAGACAGCAGCCGCUUUCCCAUUCGCUGGAGUCUAUGGACUGUCUCCAGUUUUCAAAACCGACAACAAAACUACAGAAUCCCCAUUCUACCAAGCCUGGCGCGCAGGAGAUUGGCCUGAGCCAUACGUUGCUUUCCACUAUUGCUACAAUGGCUCUGUGGAUACCAACAAGACCACUUGUGGCGGCCAUGAUGGUCUCCAGACACUUGGCGGUUACAACUCUAGACUCGUCAAGGGCAGCGUGACAUGGUACGAUGUCAUCCAAUUCCCAGAAGUUAACGUGGUCGAUUUCGUCUACAACCCCGCUCUAUUGGAAUACUGGGCCGUUGGCCUCACUCAAUUCAGCAUCGGCGACGAGGUGCAGCCAUUGAACACCACAGUUGGAUCUGCUGCCGUCUUUGACCAUGCCAGUUACGGACGUGGUGCUCCCAUGUCCGUCAACGCGUACCAGAAGCUAAUCAACCUCAGCGGUGCUACGCCAAUCAAGCUCGACUCGCCUCCCAACAAUGGUAACCAGUCGUGGUACCAGAUCGACUGCAACAAAACCCAGUCGCUCCCCCCUCUGAAGUACCAAUUCUCGGGAUCAAGUAAGGUCUGGGAGAUUAUUCCAUCUAACUAUGUUGAGAAGCUCGACAAUGGCGUCUGCGUUCUCAACGUUCGGACCCUUGGUGACGGUGAUUGGGUUAUUGGCAAUUUUGGAGAGACCUUCUCCAAGGACAAGUACGUUAUCUUCGACUUUGAGAAGCUGAAGGUUGGUCUGGCGGACCUUAACUGGAGAUGAAGGUGGAAUUGUGUUUUCUUCUACGUGUGGUUUUCUUAACUAUUGGUGACAUGUAUGAGAAAAGACAAGAUUGAUGUAUUCUUUGUUGCAUAGAUGAAUUUUAUAUAGAAUCUUAUAGACGGCAUAUGAGCAUACAAUAUACGCAG